UCAGAUGUACCGUAUGAUAGGAAGGCUUGACAGAUGAUGAUUAAGGGUAUUUUGAUUGUUUACUCAAAUCUGGCGCGAAACAUUGGCUUCCUGUUAGUAGUUUUGAAAAAAAAAAAAAAAAAAAAGGCUUGGAUUUGUGUCUGCAUUAUAAAUAGAGGCACAGAUAAAUUCACUCUUUUCCCCAAAAGCAGUCGGGGUUUUCUUUUACCUUACAUUGUUUAUUGUUUAAUGGCAUCUGUGUCAGCUACAGUGCUGCAGUGGUUCCAGUGGCACUAGCCCUAUAUCUCAUUGUUUUCUUUAAAACACUACUCCGCAAGUUUCGAAAAUAAUUACAAAUAAAACCGUCUCACAAAUAUAAAUUAUAUGGUUAAAAAUACAAAUAUAAAGGUUUUCUUGUGUGGACUGUUAACAGUAAGAUACAUUUAUAAAGUAAAUUUCAAGUGGAAUGUGUUGAAUAAAAUAUUUUAAGAGGUAAUAUGAAUAAGUUACGUUUUAUUCAUAAUCGCGCCUUUUUUAAGGAACAUUCUUGUAUAACAACAUGUUCAGUUUUUGUGUAACACUUUCCAUCCCCCCAACACGUUUGAAUUUCCCGCGAGAUUAAAGUCCCCAUGUGACGUCUUCUAGAAUUUUGAUUGGUUCUUCUUACGCAAAAUUUAAAAGGACCAAACUAAGCUGCGAAUUUGCCCUUUUCCUAUUGGCUGCCGGUAUUGAGCGCCAAGAUCGAAUAUAAAAAGAGUUACACCGGCAUUCAUAUCCGUUUUCUUCGCUCCAGCUGGACUGUGGUCUUUGGAACCCCUGCAGUUUCUUUUAUUUAUUUGUAGCUUUGUUUUAUACAUUAUAUUUUUUAUUUUAGCCAAGUCGUUACAACUAAAUAAUCUCACUUAUUUAAAAAAAAAAAGAUUAUAUUACCUAACACUAUAAAUUUCACAAUGCUGUCAACUCGAUCUCCACUGAAAACCAAGAAUGAAAACACUCUUUCUUCAAACAUGACUGGCAUGUCCUUUGUAGACAAAGAAAAUACGCCUCCCAGUCUGAACUCCACCAGAAUCCUGGCGUCCAAAACGGCGCGCAAAAUUUUUGACGAUUCAGAGGAACAGACAAAAGCCAAGAAAGGGGAUGCAGUGAAGGAGCCUCUUCUAAAGGAGAACCCCCAUCGCUUUGUAAUUUUCCCUAUUCAGUACCAUGAUAUCUGGCAGAUGUACAAGAAAGCAGAGGCCUCCUUCUGGACUGCUGAGGAGGUUGACCUGUCUAAAGACCUUCAGCACUGGGAUUCUCUGAAAGAUGAUGAGAGAUAUUUCAUCUCUCAUGUUUUGGCUUUCUUUGCUGCAAGUGAUGGCAUUGUCAAUGAAAACUUGGUGGAGCGAUUCACUCAGGAAGUCCAAGUGACCGAAGCACGUUGCUUCUACGGUUUCCAGAUUGCUAUGGAAAACAUCCACUCGGAAAUGUACAGUCUGUUGAUCAAUACGUACAUCAAAGAUCCCAAAGAGAGGGAAUAUCUUUUCAAUGCGAUUGAGACUAUGCCAUGUGUAAAGAAGAAGGCUGACUGGGCGAUCAACUGGAUUGGAGAUAAAAACGCACAAUACGGGGAGAGAGUUGUGGCUUUUGCUGCUGUGGAAGGAAUUUUCUUCUCUGGGUCUUUUGCUGCUAUUUUCUGGCUUAAGAAGAGAGGACUCAUGCCUGGACUCACCUUCUCCAAUGAACUUAUCAGCAGAGAUGAGGGUCUUCAUUGUGACUUCGCUUGCCUCAUGUUCAAGCACUUGGUCAAUAGGCCGUCAGAAGAAACCGUGAAGAAGAUAAUCACAAAUGCAGUUGAAAUUGAACAGGAGUUCCUGACUGUGGCUCUACCAGUGAAGCUGAUUGGCAUGAAUUGUGACAUGAUGAAGCAGUACAUUGAAUUUGUGGCUGACCGACUACUACUGGAGCUGGGUUUUGACAAGAUCUACAAAGUGGAGAACCCUUUCGACUUCAUGGAGAACAUUUCUUUGGAGGGCAAGACAAACUUCUUUGAGAAGCGAGUUGGAGAAUAUCAGAGAAUGGGAGUCAUGUCUGGACCUACAGAUAACACUUUCAGACUGGAUGCUGAUUUUUAAAACCUCAAUCUUGAGUGCCUGAAUGGACACUUCUAAAACUAUAAACUUGCACUUUUCAUCUUCAGAUUUCAUUCUGGAUGAACACCAACACCCUUUAUAUUAGUUUACGAUUUACAGUUUAUGAUUUUGUUUUUUAGUGUACUUGAAUUGCUUUUAUUUUUGGUUUUAAUAAACAAAUAAAAUGAGAAAUUCCCUCUGCU